AUGGAGCCUUCUGAAGAACCUAGUCAGAUUAGCAAAAAUAACUCUUUAGAAGUUCCUAAUUUAUCUGUUUCCCUUUCUGAAGAUGAAGAAGUUAAAACUACCUUCAAACCUGGUUUCUCACCUCAACCAAGUAGGCGAGGUUCUGAUUCUUCUGAAGAUAUGUAUCUGGACACCCCAUCUUCAGGUACGAGAAGAGUUUCAUUUGCUGACACCCUUGGAUUCAAUCUUGUGUCUGUUAAAGAAUUUGAUUGCUGGGAUUUGCCAGGUGUUUCAACUGAUUUUGAAUUAGGAAAAGACAUUUUCCACAAAGAAGAAUAUUUUUUAUCUCAACUAUUUGAUUUGCCUUCUUCAAAAGAAGAUCUUAUGCAACAACUUCAAGUACAGAAAGCAGUGCUGGAGUCAACUGAGUUUCCUCCUGGGUCUACAAGUAUGAAGGGCAUUAUUCGAGUUCUGAAUAUUUCUUUUGAGAAGUUAGUAUAUGUGAGGAUGUCCCUAGAUGACUGGCAGACACAUUACGACAUUUUAGCAGAAUAUGUCCCUAAUUCAUGUGAUGGUGAAACUGACCAGUUCUCCUUUAAGAUUUCAUUGGUUCCUCCUUAUCAAAAAGAUGGUGGUAGAGUUGAGUUUUGUAUACGUUAUGAAACUUCUGUUGGUACAUUUUGGUCAAAUAAUAAUGGCAUAAAUUAUACAUUGGUUUGCCAAAAGAAAGAACAAGAGCUGGAACCUGUAAAACCACGGGAAGAUGUACCUAAUAGACAAAUAAAAGGCUGCUUAAAGGUAAAAUCAAGUAAAGAAGAAUCAUCAGCAACAUCAGAAGAGAGUAACUUUGAGAAUUCAAAGAACACAGAUCCCUACAUCCCAACAAUUGUUUGUAGUCAUGAGGACAAGGAAGGCUUGGAAACCAGUAAUCAAAAUGUAAAAGAUGUAAACAGGGAACAUGAAGAACAUAAUGAAAAAGAAUUAGAGUUGAUGAUAAAUCAACGCUUAAUAAGAACUAGAAGUACUUCUUCCAGAGAUGAAAAAAAUUCAUUUUCAACAGAUCCAGCCAAUAUUCCAAAUAAAGCUGAGGGCUUAGAGAAGCAAAUCCAUGGUGAAAUAUGUACUGAAUUGUUCAAAGGACCUUUGUCUCCAAGUUCAUCAGAAGAAAGCUCCUUAAAGGGAGGUAUGUCCUGCAAUGAAAAAUAUUCUUCAGGAAAUGAGUGUAGUCAUCAACCUUCAGAGGAAAUUACUUCAGAUAUGGGAGAAAUCAAGCCAUCAUUAGAAGAUACCAGUAGUGAUGAAUUAGAGCAAUUACAUAUCAGCAGCAAAGAGGUACUGGAUGAUAAUGCUAAUCCAGCCCAUGGGAGAGGCAGAGUGCAAAUACCUUGUCCCUCCUUAGAUCAACUGAUGCCAGAUAACCUUAAUAAAAAACAUGAAGGGGGAGCUAAGAACAUUGAAAUAAAAGAUCAGGAAUGUUUAAGAAGAAAUUUCUGUUCAGAUGUAUCUGCAUAUCUGGAAAAAUCAACAGAAAAAGGGUCUUUCAAGAAAGAUUAUGGCAACGGUAAGGAUGAGGAGGAGCAAAGAAUACAUGUAACUGUUAAUGAAAAACAAAACAAAAAUUGUCAAUCGAUCUUACAUGACCAAGAAAGGAAGAUGGGCCACCCUGAAAUAAGUGCGGUAGUGACUGGAGCUAGUAACAGAGACCUAACUGCUCUGCUGAGCAAAGAGACCACAAUUCCCAGCUGUGCAGUAAUAGCAGAUACGUUCCAUUCACCAAGACCAAAUUUAAAUUGGGAAGAAGCCAUGUUAACAACCUCAGAGUGUGUUCUCUCAACUGAAGUCACCAGUUUAGCAGGGAUGCCUGAUCAAGUUUGUUCACCAAGAAAUGGAAAUGUUUCGAGGAAUGAUUAUCUUUUCCAAGUUGAAGAAGAAAAAUUAGAUUGGAUUAAUCCUGAAGAUCAGUGUAAGAACACUGAGCAUAAACAAAGUUGGAAUGUUCUGGAAAGUCAGGGAAAAGCAAGAGAGAGUCAGACAAAUAUAACAGGGCAGAUCAAAGAACAAGCAGAUUAUGAAGACAUGUGGGGAAAAAGUGAUAAUACAGGGAGUUUGAAAGCUACUCCUACGGAAGAAUUGUUUACCUGCCAAGAAACAGUGAGAUGUGAACUGUCUUCUCUAGCUGAUCCUGGUAUUACUGAGAAAGCAGAAGCAGGUACAGCUUAUAUAAUUAAGACAACAUCAGAAAGUACUCUAGAAAGCAUGUCUGCUAGAGAAAAAGCAAUAAUUGCUGAGCUACCUCAAGAGACAGCACGAAGUGACAGGCCCAUAGAGGAAAAAGAAACAGCGUUUGAUCCACAUGAAGAGACAAAUGAUGAUUCACAUUAUACCCUUUGUCAACGGGAUACAGUAGGUGUAAUCUAUGACAAUGAUUUUGAAAAGAAAUCAUAUUUAGGUGAUUGUAUUGUACAUGUAGAUGAAGUGGAGAAAGAAGCAGCCAUGUCUAUGAACAAACCUGGGAAGACACAUGACAGGGAGAAAUACGGCAUUGGAAAUGUGUCAUCUGUAGAAGAAUCCUUACAGAUCAUUACAGGGGAUCGAAAAGCAUCUUCAAAACUGGAUUUGCAUUUAGAAAUGUUGCCAACAGAUGCAAAAAUAUUUCCAGAAAAGAAACAUCAUGGGCAGGUUCAAGAAUUAUCAAAGAGAGCAGACGUUGAAGCCCUUGUUCAUUCUGCUUUUGACUCAGACACCAAUAGAGCACCGCGGAAAUGUUCUCACGUUUCCUCUCACCAUACUAAAACUUCUGUGCCAUCUUAUGAAGAGGCAAUUACUGUAGAGAAUACAAUGACUACCAUGACUGUCCAACCUAUUUUAACCAAGUCAGAAUACAAUUGUAAUCUAUCAAGUGAAAUUCAGGGUAUUGAGAAGCAUCUUCCCCCUGGGUCUAUACCUGAAGAAGUUUCCAAAAGUUCAAGAAUAGUGACAUCUGGUAGUAAAAGAGAAAGAUGUAUAGGCCAGAAUUUCCAACAAGGAGAAUACUGUGAGGAAAAAUUUCUAGGGCCAAAGAUUUCAAUCAGUGAAACUUCUGAGAAAAUGGAAGAGGCAGGGCAUGAAAACGAAGGAUUAAACUCUGGACAACACUUAUUGUCUUCAGGUGACAAGGAAUGUGAGAGCCCAGCCCAGGAAAGUCAAGCUCAAAGCAGUGAAUCUCUGCUUUCAAAAUACAUCAAUUCUAAAAUACCUUAUUUCCUUUUGUUUCUGAUAUUUCUUGUAACCAUCUACCACUAUGACUUAAUGAUAGGCUUGGCAUUCUACCUUUUUUCAUUGUACUGGCUAUCCUGGGAAGAGAGGAGACAAAAAGAGUCUGUCAAAAAGAAGUAACCUCAGCAAUAUUAUUAUUCUCUCUUAAAACAUAAGCUAUUUAGCCCUAAACAUUUGGAUUGGUGAGAGACUUCAUUGUUCAAAGAGCCAGUGCAGUUUUUCCCUUGAAGGAUUAUUUAAAAAAGAAUGCGUUAUGAAGUUUGCUCCUUCAUAUAAGUAAUUAUUCUAUAUAGGACCAUUAUGUUUGGAUCAUUAAAUACCUAUAUGAAUAUGAGAUCUGAAGCACGUCAAGUUGAAAUUAGGUACAGCUGUUGCUCCUUAGCAGCCUAUGAAGUUGUAAUGCUUCAUAUCUCUUCACUACUUAGAGUACCAUUUCUUGCAUUCAUUUCUUUUGCUAUAAAGUUUCAUUUUUUUCCCCUGAGAAUAUUUCCCCCCUUCAGUUUUUAAAAGUAGGUAAAGCAUGGACAAUGGCAGGAGGACCUUUUUGAUCUUUUAGUGUUGACCAUGAAAUUUGCGUUUACUACUGUAUCAUUGAUCAGCAUAUUUUGUUAGAUCAAAUCUUUCUGCUUUCAUUUCAUAUUUUUUAAGAACAAAUCCAUGCAUAUUGAAAUGUGUAAACCUACAUUGAAGAAACACAUUGUGUUUGCUUGAAUAAUACUUUAUAUUUAUACAUGCACACCUUAAUCCCCCUUUAUAUCUUCAAAGUCAAGACGUCUAUAAACUAAAUUUGACAAAGACGGAAACAACUGGGGGAUUAUCUUUCUACUCUACAAAAUUUUGUGGGUGGCCAUCUUUAAAACUGUUUUUCUCUUGUAAAGGGAGGCUGUGUAACAUAGCUUAAUUUCACUGUUGACUAUUAUACAGAGUUGAAAAUCAAAAUGAAAAGUUCCACAGGCAUCAC